AUGUCGACCUCUUUGGCCCUGGGUGUCGGCCUGCUGGCAACUUCCAUGACGCUUAUUACAGCAGGUAGCGCGGGUCUCGUGGGCUUCAUGCUUGGCCGCCAGAUUCCGCAGCAGGUGGAGAAUGCAUCUCAAGAAAAGCGUAGGAGCACUUCAGUUGACCAAGAGCGAAAACGUCGACUGCGCAUACCCAGCGGCACCGCCAGCGAAGACGUAAAAAUCUCGGACAAGAAGGCCAUUAUGGACGUGCGUAUCUCAGGAAUUCGGCCGCUCAUCCCGCCGGCAAUUUUGCUUGAGGAAAUUCCACUUACCACUAAAAUUGUGCAGACGAUUAAUCGUGGUCGCCAGGACUUGGCAAAUUGCCUACGCCGUCUGGAUGACCGCCUUGUGGUGGUCGUAGGCCCUUGCUCUAUUCAUGAUACGGACGCUGCCAUGGACUACGCCAAGCGCUUGAUGGAGCUCAAGAAAGAGUUAAACGAAGACCUUCUCAUUGUAAUGCGCGUAUAUUUCGAGAAGCCUCGCACGACGGUCGGCUGGAAAGGUCUGAUUAAUGACCCGGAUCUUAAUGGAUCAUUUAAUAUCAACAAGGGUCUGCGAAUCGCGCGUGAAUUGCUGGCUGCCAUCAAUGAGCUAGGCCUGCCUGCUGGCUGUGAGUUCUUAGACACCAUGUCACCGCAAUUCAUCUCGGACUUGGUUAGCUGGGGUGCCAUUGGAGCCCGUACCACCGAGUGCCAGCUACAUCGCGAAUUGAGCUCAGGUCUGUCAAUGCCUAUUGGUUUCAAGAAUGGCACGGGUGGAGAUUUGCAAAUGGCCGUGGAUGCUGUUGUAGCCGCUAAACAUCGGCACUGUUUUUUGAGCGUCAGCUCGCAAGGUCUGGCCGCGAUAGUUAAUACAUCCGGCAACGACACGUGCCAUUUAAUCCUCCGUGGUGGCAAGUCGGGACCAAAUUUUGAAAAGGAGCACGUGGAUGACGCGUGUACUCUUAUGCGUAAGGCAAAUUUAGUGGACAAUGUCAUGAUUGACUGUUCGCAUGGCAAUUCGCAAAAGAAACACAAGAAUCAAGUGAAGGUAGCGGGCAACAUUGCAAACCAAUUGCGCGCCGGUGACGACCGUAUCAUUGGCGUGAUGUUGGAGUCGAACAUUGAGGAAGGAAAUCAAUCGCUUACCCCAGGACAGCCUCUUGUGUAUGGCAAGAGCGUAACUGAUGCUUGCAUGGGCUGGGAAACCACUGUUGACGUACUGCGCGACCUGGCCGGUGCUGUACGCGAGCGACGGGCUCAUAGUCACCUGAAGGUGUAA